UCUCAUUUGUACAGCAAUGACACGCGUGCUCCAUUGCUCGUGCUUCCUUACGCGCCCUCGCCUCAGGCAACCUGUGCCGGGAGACCAAUUUUCGCGAAACCAGCUCAACGGUCCUGGAAAAUUGGCUUGUCCUUCUUUCAAAGUGAAGAAGUUUGUGCGGCACCGUAAAGAUACAUUUCAUGGGCAUCCUGAAAUUCAAAGCGUGCUCUCCUACUCAAACUGUCAGGUACGAUGGAAGACAUGGACCAAAGUAGCUCUCAUUGGAGCCACCGUUGGAGGUUUGCUUGCUCGGCAAAGGAGAGGAGAGUUGAAGCGGUUGAAUGAUCAAUUGCGCCAGAUCAAUGCAGCCUUGAGGAGGCAAGCGAAAGUUGAGUCUUAUGCCCCCAGCUUGAGCUAUGCUCCCAUUGGUUGCAGGAUAUCUGAGAAUGAAGUUAUAGUUGAUUCAAGGAAGCAGGACCUUAUUUCUAAAUUGAAAAAGGGGAAGAACUUUCUGAGGAAUCAAGAGCCAGAUAAAGCAUUCAAGGAGUUUGAGACUGCGCUUGAGCUUGCCCAGAACUUGAAAGAUCCAAUUGAGGAGAAAAAAGCCACUAGAGGUUUAGGAGCCUCGCUGCAAAGGCAGGGUAAGUACCGAGAAGCUAUUAAAUACCAUUCCAUGGUAUUGUCCAUCUCUGAAAGAGAGGGUGAAGAAUCUGGCAACACAGAAGCUUAUGGAGCGAUUGCUGACUGUUACACUGAGCUCGGAGACCUUGAACGAGCAGGACAGUUCUAUGACAUGUAUAUUGCAAGGUUUGAAAGACUGAUAUUAAAUCAUUCUCAUGUUCAGCAUUUCUUAAUCAGCAGAAGAGUGUGUGACUGUAGAAUAGCAGUCAGAGUUCCCUGAUGGCUUGACACCAUCUAUUUCCUGCGGAUUUUUACGUUCGCUAGUCGAGUUACUGGAUUCCUUCUUUGAAUAGUGACAUUUUCUGGCCAUUUGAAGAUAGACUAUACAUAUCGUAAGUAUAACAAGUGAUUCAACUUUGAGAUAAAAGUGGCAUUAAUGUGCUGGCUUUUUUCCGGGUGUAA